AUGGGUACCAGUGAUGACAAUGUAGCUACAUCUGCUACGGCACCCAUUAAAAUUAUGGGCUCUUCCGCCCGGUCUAUUCCCGAUAUUCCCGAGUUAGAGAUGCUGUUUACCCCGACCACUAAUAAGCCCGCAAGCACACUGCCGGAGGUUCGAUCAAUUUAUACCUCUUUAGCCCAUCCGGUGAACUUCGAGUAUGACUCCUUCGGGAAUGGCUCACAGACCUGCCUCUGGUGCCAUAGCUUUGCAUACGGUAUUAUGGAACUGGGCAAAGGAUGGGCGGAGCUCACCGUCACGACGUCUUCCACAAAGCGCCGUAAGGUAGCAGAGCCUCGCAGACCAGGAGGAACCCUUCCGGGUUUGUCGUUUGCCUCGCAGGCCGGAAGACGUCACGGCCAUCUCUCCUCUCCCUCGCCACCUAAAAACGAUUGCCUUUCCUCUACCUCCGUUUCGAAUCGAAGCCAGAGUUCCUCUUCCUCUCCGCCCCCUCGAUAUAUUCCCGCCCAUCUACAGGACGAAGUGCUGGGAAACAAAGCACAGGCCGCCGUCGCCGCCCGCUCGCCAACCCCGGAUUCCGAUCCCUCGGCCGCUUGCGCUGGACUCACCUUAUCCAGCGACUCUGCGAUCGACAUGUCAGGCUCUGAGAAGAGAGAUGCUAGUCUUCCGCCCAUAGAGGGUGAUGUCCGGUCGCCCUCGCCAGGCGUCAAACGGGUCGCGCUUGAAGUUGACGGUGAUGUGGAGAUGGAUUUAGAUUCGACAGGGAAGGCAUCUCAGUCCCACCCCAACAGCACCAGCAACGAUACAACAGAGUCAGAGGAUGACAUCAAUGCAAACGAUGGCAACUCCGGCUCGGAUAACGUUUAUCCCACCCCCUCAAGCAUGUUCACGUACACAGCACCUACUGCAAAUCGACACAGCUCCAAAUCUCGAUCUUCACCCGAGUCGAUCCUUCCAUCCUACGACGACCAGGUUGCUAAAGUUACCCUCCACAUGGCACAACCACUGAAGGAGAAGCAAAAGGGAUACGUGGUUUCCAUGUCGUGGCUAAAGCGCGUGCUUGCCCGAAGCUCUACCUAUCCCGACUUGACGGAUAAGACGGCUAUGGAAGGGGAGGUUGGCCCGGUCGACAACUCAGACCUCGUCCUAGUGACUGAUCCCGCGAAUGCUUGCUUUAAAGAUGAGGCGAACGAGCCGUUCGUCCCACUUCGACCGGGAUUACAGAUAGGAGAGGAUUUCGAUGUUGUGCCCCAAGAAGGCUGGGAUUUGAUCCUCCAGUGGUAUGGCCUGGCCGAACAGUCACCGGCUAUUGUCCGCUACGCUCAUGAUACGAGUGUGGGAGGGGACUCCCAAAACAUUCAAUACGAGAUCAACCCUCCGAUAUUCACUAUCUUGAAGCUUCCUGGCUCGUCCGCUGGAGUCACCCCGCAGAGUUUGAAGGAGAAGACGAUGAAGCCGGCCAGGUUGCUGUCGAGUAGACACACCAACUUCCAGAAGUGGUUGAAGGAAGCGAAAGGGUUGGCAAAUAUCGAUAUAUCUACCAAGGUUCGUGUCUGGAGGAUUCUAGGUGGUUUGGGCAGUGCCAGUGUGUCGGCUGCCAUCACCCCAGCUGCCUCGCGUAGUGCAUCCCCGGCUCCUGCAGCGUCGAUUGUGGCCAACGCGGGCAACAGUCUCGUACUUGAUCUCAACGCAUUUCUGUCGCUGUCGGAAGGGGCUCAGCGGGAGUUGCUGGAGGAGGCCAAGGAUCAGACCGCCAACCCCAACUACAACGGUCGAAUGACACUUGAUAUCGCCGGACUGGGUGGUAGCGACGUUGUGGUGCUUGAAGAGCGAGUCCCCGGUGCUGGUAGUGGAGAGUGGGCAUCAGAGGCGUCUAAACAGACGCUUAGCCGCCUCGGCGUGCCAACCGGCAGUCUGAAAAACGGUAUCCCGUCAAAACUGAAGAAUAAAAGUCCUACCAAUAGUGGUCGGUCAUCCCCCGUUUCAGAGCCUCCCCGAGGCAGACGAAAAGAUGGGAAGCCUCGCGGCAAUACCGGUUUGAGUAAUCUCGGAAACACUUGUUACAUGAACUCGGCUUUGCAGUGCGUGCGUUGUGUAGAAGAACUCUCUUACUAUUUUCUAAAUGAUGUCUACAAACAGGAUCUUAAUCCCAGUAAUCCUUUGGCCCACAAUGGGGAGGUGGCCAAGGCCUAUGCAAAUCUACUCCGUUUGAUCUACGACGUAGCAGGCCAAUCCUCUUUCGCCCCAAGGCAGCUUAAAAAUACCAUCGGUCGCUACGGUCCGGCAUUCUCUGGUUAUAGUCAACAGGAUUCGCAGGAAUUCCUUCUAUUUCUCCUCGAUGGCUUGCAGGAAGAUCUGAACCGGAUCCAGAAGAAGCCAUACAUCGAGAAACCUGAUUCCACCGAUGAGAUGGUCCAUGAUAAGGCCGCGCUCGCAGAGUUCGCGAACAAAUGCUGGGAUAUCUACAAAGCGCGCAACGAUUCGGUCAUCACCGAUCUCUUUGCUGGCAUGUACAAGUCCACCCUGCACUGUCCUGAAUGCGACAAGGUCAGCAUCAUCUUUGACCCUUUCAACAACCUAACACUUCAAUUGCCGAUUGAAAAUGUCUGGAGCAAGGAAAUCUUCUAUUUCCCUCUGAACCAGAAGCCGGUCCUGGUUGAUGUGGAGAUCGACAAAAACUCUAGCAUCAAAGCCUUGAAGGAACUUGUUGCGAAGAAAACGGAUUCGGAUCCGCAGCGGUUGGUUAUGGCUGAGAUUUACAAGAACAAGUUCUACAAAGUUUUCGACAACAGCAGCUCAAUCGCGGAAUCUCAGAUCAGUUCGAACGACGACAUUGCAAUCUAUGAGCUCGAGUCGGUACCUACUAACUACAACCCAGACAAACCUCAGAGAAGCUUCUACUCUUUCGGUCGCUCUGACCAUGACGAGAUCCCUAGCCUUGAGUCCCCUAAGGCUGAUCGACUGCUGGUGUCUGUGUUCAACCGCGUUGAACGGCCGAAGUCGAACAACCCGAAGAACGUGCUGCGGCAGCUUUUCGGAGUCCCCUCAUUUAUCGUUAUUGAUCGUCAGGAUAUUUAUGACUUGGAUGCCAUCCACAAGAAGCUCCUUGCCGAUGUUGCCUCUAUGACCACUCGCGACUUCCUCAACGAACAAGUACCAGAAAGUACACAGGAAGAGACUGCCCCAGAUGAUUCGGACAUCUCCGUGAUGAAUGAGGAUGAUGCGCGGUCAGCUGAUUCAAAGAUUAAGACGACGUCUGUGGACGGUGAGGAGGGCAUGGUGGACGUUUCCAUGCGCGAUGCACCUGAGUCGCCCAAGGAAGCCAGCGCUACUCAGAGCUCUAUUCCGCCUCACUUGCGCGGUCUUUUCGAGAUCAAGCUCAUCAAGAGCAAUGAAGUGGUACCUAUCGGAUAUUCCGCAGUUGAGGAAAACAAAGAGUAUCCCAAGAUGUCCUUCCGAAUCAAGACAGCUCUUGUUAGUUCCCACGAGACUGAGGCCACAUCCGACUACAGUUCGUCAAUGACCACCGAUGGUGUUCAAACAAGGGCGAACAACGAAUCGAACAGCAAUGGAACGGAUAGCGGAUCAGACACGUUCACCGAAGUUUUGCCCAAAAAGACCCCGAAAAGAGUAACCCAGACACGCCCUCUCAUCCGUCCAGGCGAGGGUAUUGUGCUGGACUGGAACGAGGAUGUCUACGAUGCUCUCUUCACGGGAAGCGGCAAGGAAAAAGACCCUGUUCGUGGGGCACCGACGUGGAAACACGUCGAGCGGAUUCCGGAUCCCGAAUUGGCCAAGCGACGCCAACUGCGACAGACGCGUAAGAAGAAGGGCCUUACCCUCGACGAGUGUUUGGACGAAUUCAACAAAGAAGAGAUUCUCUCAGAGAAUGACGCGUGGUAUUGCCCCCGCUGCAAGGAGCAUCGCCGUGCCAGUAAGAAGUUCGAGCUUUGGAAGACGCCGGACAUUCUCGUCAUGCAUCUCAAGCGGUUUAGUGCCAGCCGGGGCUUCCGGGAUAAGCUAGAUGUCUUUGUUGACUUCCCCGUGGAGGGUCUCGAUAUGACGGGCAGGGUUGAGGCCCCUGAAGAAGGCAAGAGCCUGGUCUAUGACCUCUUUGCUGUGGACAACCAUUAUGGUGGACUCGGUGGAGGCCACUAUACUGCGUACGCGAAAAACUUCAUGACUGGGCAGUGGAACGAGUACAACGACUCGUCGGUCUCGAGGCCUAUGGACCCCCAGAGUGUGGUUACCUCGUCUGCGUAUCUCCUUUUCUACCGUCGCCGAUCUGACCGACCCCUGGGCGGCAAGAUCCUGGAGGAGAUCACGGAAUCCUCGACGCGGCAAGGGAGCGAGUCUGAUUCUACAAGUGAGUCGCGCGGCCAGUCACCGUCGGGGGACGGUCUGCGUCUCGGCGGCUCCUCCCUCAAUGGGUCAUCGAGCGCCUCAGCCGGAGUCGGAGCAGCUCACCAGUCGGGAGAUGGUGGUUUGCGGGUUGGAGCACACGGGAAGAACGGGGGUGACGAGUCGCCUCCGGAAUAUUCCAACGACCUGACCAGCAGGGAAAAGAGCUUCGGCGGGGACAAUCGACUGGAAGGUAUGAAUUUCGACGAAGACGAACCCAGUGAUGGGGCGCAAUCCAAUCCGUUCCGCUUCCCUAGUCCGCCCUCGUGGUCAUUCAAUCGAGUCCUGGAAGCUCACGGCCCUUCACAGAUGACGACAACACUUCCGGGAUCUACCUCUGACGAUGACCUUGAUGACGAUGCCAGCAACAAAGCUGUCGGUGGGGAGGACAUGAGCGACUCGGACCUUCGCCUGGCGGCUUUGACCGACAGCCCUGGCCCUGGCGCGGCCUAUCCAGGGACGCCCAUGGAGGAGACAUCUUUCCAGGACAUUCCUCCUCUAUUGGAAGCCAACGAUGAUGAUGAUGACGACGAUCUCCCGGUGGUGGAGCUACGAGUGAACGAUGAAGAUCGGAUAGUGUCUGACUGA